AUGGCGAGAAAGACGGAUUAUUUCCAUUACAAAUGCAUUCAUGUACAUGUAAGUGAAGAGACGUUGAGCCUUGGAGCUUGGAGGAGUAAAUUUCAAAAAAAUGAUUGUUAUAGAGAGGUUUUGUUAUACGGAGGUUCUGUCGGAAAAAUAUUGUGGAUUUGUUUCAGCAAAAAUCCAGCCGCGGAUAGCCCAAAAUACCGAUGAGGGGCGAUUUCAAAGCGCGGCAAAUCCACAUUAUUUUCCCGACAGAUUGAUAUAAUGGCCAUGUCAGUCUGUCGGGAAAAUAAUGAGCACUUUGUCGUAUCGAAAAUCACAUGCCGUCGAGAAAAUAAAUUGUGUCGCGGCAAAAUCAAAUUGCUUUUCACUUCAGCGAUCGGCGCAGCGACGUUGUGCUCAUUAUUUUCCCGACAGACUCAUAGGGCGGUACAGAGCACGUCAAACUGAGGAGUCCGGUGACCGGAAUAGACCCUUCGCUAUCGGUUUUUUGCAUUUCGUCUUAAUUUCCAGAGAAAGAGAGAAAAAAGACACGCAAAAGCGUACUCUCUCGCCCCAAAAAAUCCCCACUUCUUCCCCGACAAAACGUUUUUUCGCGUCUUUUUUUGGCAAGUUGCCAAUUCAUUCACCGGACUGUUUUAGCUUAUUUCAGUUUGACGUGUAGAGCCUAACUUGAUCCGUCUUUGACACUGUUCGUUAUAGACAGGCAUUGUUUUACAGAGCUUCCAGUACAUUUUUUAAAAUACGACGACAGGAAACAUGUAUGUAAUUUUUACAAGAUAGAAAAGUAAAAAUUAGAUUUUGAUUCUUCAAAAUUUUUUAUCUUCUCUUGCCAAGGCGGUUAGGAAAAAUCAAAUAGCUUUUGACUUCAGCGAUCGGCGCAGCGGCAAAAUGCUCAUUAUUUCCCCGACAGAAGGAUAUUAGCAUUAUGUCAGUUUGUCGGGAAAAUAAUGUGGAUUUGUCGAGCUUGGAAAUCGCCUAUCAACGCUUUGCGACAGCUAGCUUCGGCUGGAGAUGCGACCGCAACGAGGCAAGGAGAGAUUUUGCAGCAAAAACUCCGCAUUAUUUUCUCGACAGACCGAUUGCAAAAAAUGUGCAGUAGAUUGAAUUUAACUGGAAACAAUAAAAGACCAAUUUUAGAACCUAACCCUCCUCUUAUCAAUCAUCGGAAUUACCGUCCAUUCAACGGGAAUUGUAUUUUUGUUGUUCACAUUCGACACGAUUCAUUGGUUCCCUCUAAUCAUCCUCAUUAUUGGCAAUGUCGGCUGGAUGACACUGUUUAUGGGCAACAUUUUUACCGUCCCUCUCUUCAUCAUCAUGUUUCUAGUCAUAUUUGUAAGUUCUUUUUGAUUUGGCGGAUUUUCUCUAACAUUUUCUCUUGAUUUUCCAUACUCUUUCGUCGGCAAAAAAUCGACGAAUAUCUCGGGACUCGUUGUAAGACAUAAGCUGAAAUUUUAAGAGGUUGAUUUACGAGUCAUAGAGACUUUCUAUGCGGAAUUUUGUGAAGAUCGGAGCAGAGAUUUUUUAGCAGCAUAGAUUUAAAAAAAAAGCUGCCGAAUUGGCAUUUUUUGAAAAAAAGGUCGAAAAAAGUUUUAAAAAGGUCUAAACUUGGCAUAAAAAAAUAUUAUGAGGACACCUAAAGACUGUUGAUUUCGAAAAGAGGGGAAAAUAUCUCUUCAUGGACGUUUGGACACCCAAAAAAUACCUCAAAAGUUAUCCAAACUUGAUUUUUUCCUCAAAAUCAUCAUUUUUCUCCGUUUGACCUCUUUUUUCAUACUAAAUUCUAGGUUUUCUAGAUCUCUUAUUGCAGUACCUGGAAAAAAGAUCUUAUGUAAAAAUAUUACGCCUUAAAAUAUUCUGAAUUCCCCCGUUUUCAGUGCACUUUGGGUAUCUCGACCGUUUUCGUCUCCACAUAUGCCUGUUUGCUCCUCUCUUAUCGAUGGUUCAAGCAAUUCCUCCCCGCAAUUCCCUCAAGAAAAUACCAUCUGGAGGGAGUUGUCGACGAGUCCCUUCACACUCCGAAAUUUUGGAUGCUUCUUUUGUCGGCGCCAAUGGAAAUUCUCAUCAUUUCCACCGUAUACCUGGUGAUUACGGUCGCCUAUCGCGACUAUGUCUACAUUUCCGAGAUGCGCGACGCUGCGCAUUGUCAACUCACGGCCAAGACGAGUGGAAAUGCGACGGAGACCACGCAGGAGACCUGUUUUGAGGAAGAGUUUGAGCAACAGAUCGUACCCAUGAUACCUGAAGAAAGAAACGUCUACAACGAUAUCACGGUGGACUCUGGUUACAUAGUCAGCGUAUGA